AUGUUUAACUACGAACGUCCAAAACACUUCAUCCAGUCCCAAAAUCCGUGCGGCUCCAGACUGCAGCCUCCAGGACCGGAAGCCUCCAGCUUCCCUAGCCAGACCAAACACUCUUCCAUCGUCAUCCAGCCCCGCCAGUGCACAGAGCAGAGGUUUUCUGCCUCCUCCACCGUGAGCUCUCACAUCACCGUGUCUUCCUCUGCUUAUCCUGCUUCCCAGCAGCUUGCUGGCCCCAACCCAGGCCAAAAGGUUACUGCCACCUAUAACCAGUCCCCGGCCAGCUUCCUCAGCUCUAUAUUACCAUCUCAACCUGACUACAGUAACAAUAAAAUCCCAUCCACUGUGGACUCCAACUAUCAACAAUCUUCGGUUAGCCAACCAGUAAAUGCCAUGCCAUCCCCAACUGCAAAUGCUAAGCCCACUCCAAGGACUCCUGACCAUGAAAUCCAAGGAUCAAAAGAAGCAUUGAUUCAAGAUUUGGAGAGAAAGCUGAAAUGCAAGGACACCCUUCUUCAUAAUGGAAAUCAAAGACUGACUUAUGAGGAGAAGAUGGCUCGCAGGUUGCUAGGCCCGCAGAAUGCUGCCGCUGUGUUUCAAGCUCAAAACAGUGAUGCCCAGGAUUCUCCACAGCAUAACCCAGAACAUGCACGGCUGCAGGUCCCCACAUCACAAGUAAGAAGUAGAUCAUCCUCCAGAGCAGAGGCAAAUGACCAGGAUGCCAUCCAGGAGAAGUUUUACCCACCACGCUUCAUCCAAGUGCCAGAAAACAUGUCAAUUGAAGAAGGACGGUUCUGCAGAAUGGAUUUCAAAGUGAGCGGACUGCCGGCCCCCGAUGUGUCGUGGUAUCUAAAUGGGAGACCAGUUCAAUCCGAUGAGUUGCACAAAAUGAUAGUGUCUGAGAAGGGUUUUCACUCACUCAUCUUCGAAGUGGUCAGAACAUCGGAUGCAGGGCCAUAUGCAUGUGUGGCCAGGAACAGAGCUGGAGAAGCCACUUUCACGGUGCAGCUGGACGUCGUUGCAAAAGAGCAUAAAAGAGCACCAAUGUUCAUCUACAAGCCACAGAGUAAAAAAGUUUUUGAGGGAGAGUCGGUGAAACUAGAGUGCCAGAUCUCGGCUAUCCCUCCACCCAAGCUUUUCUGGAAAAGAAACAAUGAAAUGGUCCAAUUCAACACGGAUCGGAUAAGCUUAUAUCAUGAUAAUGCGGGAAGAGUCACUUUACUGAUAAAAGAUGUAACCAAGAAGGAUGCUGGGUGGUACACAGUGUCGGCAGUCAAUGAAGCUGGCGUGACCACAUGUAACACAAGAUUAGAUGUCACAGCCCGUCCCAACCAAACACUCCCAGCCCCCAAGCAGUUGCGUGUUCGACCAACUUUCAGCAAAUAUUUAGCGCUUAAUGGAAAAGGUUUGAAUGUGAAACAAGCUUUUAACCCGGAAGGAGAAUUUCAGCGCUUGGCAGCUCAAUCUGGACUCUACGAAAGUGAAGAACUUUAA